CAGAUGGAAAAAUCCAAAAACUUUCGCAUCGAUGCGCUUUUGGCCGUCGAUCGGCCGAAAGUGCAGACAUCACCGCUAGCAUUAGUGACCUCUCUGUCCUCCUCCUCUAUUUCAUCGUCGGGAAGCGUUAACGGUUCUGAUCUUAACACCAGUACAGAGUCUUUGCGGACUGAGAGUCCUUCUCCUCCGAGGAUUUCGUCUUGCGGGUUGAUUCCAAAGCCUGGCUUUCUAAACUCAUCACACCCGAGCAUGGUGGGACUUCAUCCGCAGAGCACUGCAAUUCCCCCGCAGGCGCUGUAUGGGCACCCGAUGUAUACCUACUCUGCAGCGGCGCUGGGUCAGCAUCCAGCCUUGUCCUACUCAUAUCCACACGCCUCCCACCACCAUCACCCGAACGACCACCUCAAACUCACUGCAGGCACGUUUCAACUCGACCACUGGCUUCGAGUGUCCACAGCGGGUAUGAUGCUUCCCAAAAUGCCCGACUUUAACUCCCAGGCACAGUCUAAUUUGUUAGGAAAGUGCAGAAGACCGAGAACUGCGUUCACAAGCCAACAGCUGCUGGAGUUGGAGCAUCAAUUCAAACUGAAUAAAUACCUGUCUCGACCCAAACGAUUUGAAGUGGCUACUUCUUUGAUGCUGACAGAAACACAGGUAAAAAUAUGGUUCCAGAACAGACGUAUGAAAUGGAAGCGCAGUAAGAAGGCCAAGGAACAGGCAGCGCAGGAUGCCGAGAAGCAGAAAAGCUCUAAGGGCUGUAAGGACAAAUCCGACGGACUCGAGCAAACGGAUUAUCAAAAGGGUGACACUAAAAGCAACAGAAUAAGAGACUUCAGGGACAGUGACGAUGAGGAAGGGGACAAUUUCCUCUACAACUCGUCAGAUUGCUCGUCGGAUGAUGAGAGAACCCAGGCCAGCGACGUCAGCCCACAACCGUGAGAGCCCACUGAGAAGGCCAUAGGAGUUUUAACUCUUAGUCUUUUCACUGGGGACAGUAAAAUUGCAUGUUUAAACAAGCUACAAACGCCAACUAGAAUUUACUGCGAUACUCUGGAAAAAGAUUUUUUUAAAGUGUCAUGUGGCGUCCAUCAACUGUGGUAGAAGUAUGGUUUGUGCACUUUGCAGAAC